AAGCUCCUGGGGUAGGCUACGAAUAAUGCAAGAACUAAUAGUGGAGUCUGAAGAGUCGAGUUUAUUUUCUAUUUGAAUAGUAGAUCAUCUAACCUAUUAAUUGCAUUUGCAAAAACAGGCAAAACUAAGACAUAUGUGCUCUAAUUUUAUUUUAUUUUGUUUUGGCUCAUCUAUUGCAUAAAAUGUUUUAUAUUUGUUAGUUUCAAAAUCUAAUUUUUGUUUAUUUUACAAAUCUGACAUUUCCGUUGAUCUUGGAUUAUUUAUAGGGUCGAUGUGUUACGCAGAAGACACGUCGUAAAGAUGUCAAGCAGGAGAUAUGCUAACUUUUUCGUUCUUGGGGUGACAUUUAUUUUAUUUCUUACAUUUUCGAAAUCAUCUGGGACACUAGUGAGGCGUUCAGCCCAUAAAAGAGUGCACGAGAUACAGCGGCUGCAGAGGCGAACGGCGGGCAGGUACCACCACGCGACCGUGAAUUAUCAAAUGUAUCACACUCAGUGGAGGGUGACGACGACUUCAAACCCCAAAUUAAAACAGAAACAGUUCCAUUCUAAUGGAAAGAAACACUGGAAAUACGCAACUAAUAUGACACUACAGUUAAACGGGCCUAAUGUUUGUGGAAACAGGUGCUGCCAUGGAUGGACCGUUUCACCCAAGACUCAGAAAUGCACCAAACCAAGGUGCCUUCCACGCUGCCACAACGGAGCCGUGUGCAGGCAGCCCAACAUCUGUGAAUGCCGAAUGGGCUUCUACGGGGCCCGCUGUGAGUUUGCAAGCGCGACCUACGGCCUUGUAGGCCUGCCCUGGGCCUUCCUGCGCCCCACCAGCCCCAUGGUCAGCACCACCGUCGCCUCAGCACCAAGCAUCACCCUCCCACCUACCGCCACCCUCUCACCAACCACCACCCUCCCACCAACCACCGUCAUCCCCACCACCGCCACCCCAGUGCCUGCUGAGACCAGAGCUGCAUGGAGGACAGAGGGGACACCAGCCAGCACCACCAACCCAGAGACCAAUAAAUAUUACACUAUGCGCUGGCAACCUCUUACUCUGCAGGAGGCCCAGUCAGUGCUGCUAAAGAAGGCAUUGGUCCGUGGGGGCCGAGGCGACAAGAUGACCACCAUCCUGAUGAAACACAUCGAGACUGAGAGAAAGAAGCUCCAAUCGUCCUCAUCGUCAGACCUACAGGACACCCAGACCACCAGUGUCAAGAGCUUCCACACCCAGAAGGGCCAGUACACCGUCCACGUGAGCCCACCUGCAGCCAGCAACCAGACCACCGGCCACCGAGGAGGAUCGGCAGCAGGGGCAGGAAGAAGUGGAUCUCAGCGCAUCAAGGUGCUCUUCACCCCGACCAUCUGCAAGGUGCGCUGCACCCAGGGACGCUGCACCAACUUCUGCGAGCAGGGCAAUGUGACCACCCUCUACAACAGUGAACAUGGGGGCCGGGCUGCACUGGGACCGGGCUUCAGAGUCUUCCUGUGCCCCAUGUUGUGUCAAAACGGAGGGGUCUGCAUCCAGAAGGACCGCUGCCUCUGCCCGCCAACCUUCACCGGCAAGUUCUGCCACAUCCCCGUGGCCACGCCCUCCACCAAUGACAUUGAGAAGCCUCUGCGCAUCCCCUCAGUGCUGGCCAGUCAGCAGCUGCUGACCCAGUCAGAGUACAUUCUCCCCCUCCAGAGCCAGCAGCAGAGCCACAGUCAGCCCAGCGGUGCAUCUGGCUCAUCCAUGGUCAAGGUGCGGGUGCAGCACCCCCCAGAGGCCAGCGUGAAGAUCCACCAGGUGCUGAAGGUAGGCUACGGGCCAGGCACAGUUAGGGAGCAGUCGGAGACGGUCACCUGGUCAGCAGGCCUCUCGGGGGCCAGGACCAGUGUUCUGCCAGGGGAGAGGGCCGAAGCCCCACCACCCAAAACCAGAGUCCAGGCCCAGACCCUCCAUGGUGACUCCACCUACACAGAAUAUUCCGGGUUCAAGUACUGCUUCAGGGAGGUACGCAACGGCCAGUGCAGCUCACCUCUCCCAGGACUCAGGAGUCAGGACACCUGCUGCCGAGGGAUUGGACUGGCCUGGGGCAUCAACGAGUGUGUCCUAUGUCCCCCUAACACAGGAAAUGGAGUCGAUGGGAGCUGUCCGGCUGGAUUUGAGAGGAUCAACGGCACCCAGUGUGUUGAUGUUAAUGAGUGUUUGCAGCCAGGCUUCUGUGAGAACGGGAACUGUGUGAACACUCGGGGGAGCUACAGUUGUGUCUGCAGGCAAGGAUACAUACUGGACGCCUCUCACGGGAUCUGUAUCUCUCAUAAGGUGAUCUCGGAGGAUAAGGGCCAGUGCUAUCGUAUCCUGAACUCUGGCUCUGGCCCUGGUAGCUGCUCCGUGCCCAUCCUCAGGAACAUCACCAAGCCGAUCUGCUGCUGCAGCCGGGUGGGCAAGGCCUGGGGCAAGAACUGUGAGAGGUGUCCCUACUUUGGAUCAGUUGCUUUCAAGGACAUCUGCCCAGCAGGGCCUGGCUACCACUACUCUGCCUCUGCCAUCAAGUUCAACCAGAGGGUGGUGGAGCAGCAUGGGACUGGAGGUCCCCCUGUCAUAUCCCAGAGCACACCACAGACAAGGCGACAACAACCAGGUAGCACUACUCUGCUCACCACUCUGACGAGACCCCAGCAACCAUCAAGCUCAGGCCCUCUCACUCCGCAAAUUGGAUCCCAACAACCUUCAAGCAGUGGUGCACUGACUCCCCAAACUAGGCCCCAACAAUCUUCAAACUCAGCCUCUCUCACUCCUAUAACCAGGCCCCAACAACCUUCAAGCUCAGGCUCUUUCACUCCCCAAACUAGACCGCAACAACCAGGUAGCACUACUCUGCUCACCACUCCGACCAGACCCCAACAGCCAGGUGGUAGAGCUCUCACCCCUCAGACCAGACCCCAACAGCCAUCGAGUGGAGGCUCCCUGUCCCCACAGGGCAGACCACACAUCCCAGCCAGCUCUGUUACAGCAGGACCCACCCGGGUGGUGACAGCUCGGCCCCCCACUCAGACUCAACGGCCUCCAGUUGACCGACGGCCAGUAUCUCCAGUGAGACCUGCCCAGCCCCUCCCGUCUCCGGUCACGCCCCGCCCACCCAUCCCAAGGCCAGUGCGUGGUGUGUGUGAGACCAUGCCCCAGGUGUGUGGACAGGGCCGUUGUGUGGACCAGCCCGGAGGGAGAUAUACCUGCAUCUGUAACGAGGGAUACCAACUCAACGCUCAGCAGACUGAUUGUCAAGACAUAGACGAGUGCAGGACGUCUCCCCAGCCCUGUGGCAGCGGCCGCUGCCAGAACACAGAAGGGGGCUACAGGUGUAUCUGCCCCUCAGGAUACCAGCCGGGACCCCAGCACACCAGCUGUAUAGAUGUCAAUGAGUGCCUCCAGACUCUCAGUCCCUGUUCUGUUGGGGAGUGUGAGAAUACACCAGGCAGCUACAGAUGUGUGUGUCCUGCUGGCUACAGAGCCAACUUCCAACAGACGCAGUGUCAAGAUAUUGACGAGUGUCGUCAGGUUCCGAACCCCUGUAACAAUGGCCGCUGUGAGAAUAGCCCUGGUAGCUUCAAGUGUGUCUGCCGUACUGGGUACAAACUAGAGGGCAACACAUGUAAAGAUGUGGAUGAGUGUGAGGACCCCUUGAGGUGUCCUGGUCAGGCCUGUGUCAACUCUCCAGGAUCAUACAAGUGUGUGUCUUGCCCGCCAGGCUUUGGGCUGGUCAACGAACAAUGCUCAGAUGUUGACGAGUGCCGUCAGACCCCCAGCCUUUGCACCAAUGGUCGUUGUGAGAACACUCCUGGGAGUUACAGGUGUGUUUGCCACACGGGAUACAAACUACAAGGCAAGGCCUGCACAGAUGUGGAUGAGUGUGAGGACUUUUUGAGGUGUCCUGGUCAGGCCUGUGUCAACUCUCAGGGUUCUUUCAACUGUGUGUCUUGCAAGCCAGGCUUCGGCAUGAUCAAUGGACAAUGCUCAGAUAUAGAUGAGUGUCGUCAGACCCCCAGCUCAUGCAUCAAUGGUCACUGUGAGAACACCCAGGGCAGCUACAGCUGUGUGUGUCUCACUGGGUACAGACGACACAGUGAUACCUGUACAGACGUGGAUGAGUGUGCAGACCCAUCCCAGUGCCCUGGUCAGGAGUGUGUGAACUUCCAGGGCUCAUACAAGUGUGUGUCCUGCAAACCAGGCUUUGGGCUGGUCAACAGACAAUGCACAGAUGUUGAUGAGUGUCUUCAGAGCCCCACUCCCUGUGCUAAUGGUCGUUGUGAGAAUACGGCUGGAAGCUACAAGUGUGUGUCCUGCAAGACAGGCUUUCAGCUGGUCAAUGGACAAUGCUCAGAUGUUGAUGAGUGCCUCCAUAGCCCCACUUCCUGUGCUAACGGCCGUUGUGAGAACACGGCUGGAAGCUACAAGUGUGCGUGCCGAUCUGGCUUCAGGCUACAGGGUAAUACCUGCACAGAUGUCAAUGAGUGUGAGAACGCUCUACAGUGUCCUGGUCAGGAGUGUGUCAACUUUGAAGGCUCCUUCAAAUGUGUGGCCUGUAGAACAGGCUUUGAGGCUGGAAACGGACAGUGUACAGAUAUCGAUGAGUGUCGCCAGUCCUCCAACCGCUGUACCAACGGUCGCUGUGAAAACACUCCCGGUAGCUACCAGUGUGUUUGUCACACCGGGUUCAAACUACAGGACAGCGUCUGUAAUGACAUUGAUGAAUGUGAAGACCCCUCACAGUGUCCCAGGCAACAGUGUGUAAAUUCUGAAGGCUCCUACAAGUGUAUCGCCUGCAAAGCUGGCCACGUUAUGCAAGAUGGGGUAUGCGCAGAUGUGGAUGAAUGCCAGAGCCCUGACACCUGUGGUUCAGAGAGGCUGUGUUUAAACACUGGUGGCUCCUACCGCUGUGACUGUCAACCAGGCUACAGAACCGCUGGCCUUGGACGCCAAUGUAGAGACAUCAAUGAGUGUCUAGAGGGGGAGUACUGCUUCCCCAAGGGAGAGUGUGUGAACACAGAGGGCUCCUACCGCUGUGUGUGUUCCCAGGGUUACACCACAAGCAGCAAUGGCAGCUCCUGCCUGGAUGUGGAUGAGUGUGCCAGGUCAGGCCCGGGGGUGUGCCAGGACGGGCGCUGUGUCAACACAGAGGGCUCCUACCAGUGCCAGUGCCAAGUGGGAUUCACCACCAACCCAGAAAAGACAGCCUGUCUGGAUGUAGAUGAGUGCUCAGAGGGAGCAGUGUGUCUGUCACAGCGUUGUGAGAACACCAUUGGCUCCUACCGCUGUAUCACCUCCUGUGAGCCGGGCUACCGGGUCACCCGCACCGGAGAGUGUGUCGAUAUCAAUGAGUGUGCCAAUGAGACAGUAUGCGGAGAGCAUGCAUUCUGCCAGAACCUAAUUGGAACAUACCAGUGCAUGUGUGACCAGGGCUACACAGCCACCAGCAAUGGGAAGGGAUGUGUGGAUGAAAACGAGUGUGAGACUAUGCAGGGCGUGUGUGGCGCAGCGCGCUGUGAGAAUGUGGAUGGCUCCUUCAUGUGUGAGUGUCCAGGAGAGGGGGAAGAGUUUGAUACGCGCUCAGGACAGUGCCUCAGCAUGCCUCGACCAGGCGUCUCUUCCUCGUCUUCCUCCACCACCGGUCUGGGUCCCCAGCGUCGGCCCGAUGCGUCCCAGCUUCCCCCGGCCCGGCCUGGCGAGUUGAGGGAGUGCUACUACAACACAGAGGAGCAGAGCUCGUGCAGCGUGCUGGCCCACAACACCACCCAGCAGGAGUGCUGCUGCACCGUGGGUCAGGGUUGGGGCACGGGCUGCCAGUACGACCCCUGUCCUCAGCUAGGCACAGCCGAACACCAGGCGUUGUGCCCCAGCGGACGAGGAUAUGUGACUGGGCCCGGAGCGUUUAGCUACAAAGAUGUGGAUGAGUGUAAGCUGUUCCACCCUGAGGUGUGUAAGAGCGGUGUGUGUGUCAACAACAUCCCUGGCUACUCCUGCUACUGCACCAGUGGCUACUACUACGAUAAUGUGUUUCUGGAGUGCAUCGAUGUUGAUGAGUGUGAGGCAGGGGAGGACAGCUGUCCAGGAGGAAUCUGUGUCAACACAUUAGGCUCAUACUUCUGUACCUGCGAGCCACCUCUUGUGUUGGACGACACUCAGCGCAGCUGUGUCAAUUCCACAGGCCUCACCGUGGAUGAGAACCUGUCGUUCUGCUGGCAGUAUGUCACGGCAGACCUGGUGUGUCAGAGCCCCCUGCUGGGCGGACAGGUCACCUUCACUGAGUGCUGCUGUCUGUAUGGAGAGGGCUGGGGACUGCAGUGUGCUCUGUGUCCUCCCAGAGACUCAGAGGACUAUGAGGCUCGGUGUAACGUCUUCCUGAGGCCCCCAGAGUUUCCUCCCCCCUUCCCUGACCGCUUCGGUCCGGACCCUGGGCCAGGACCCGGCAGAGGAGGAGGAGGAGGAGGAGGAGGAGGAGGAGGAGGAGGAGGGAGGUAUCGUGUGCCCUAUGGACCGGACUCCUUCCCAGACCCCAUCCCCCGCAGGCCUGAGUACACCCAGCCUGACUAUGACGACUAUACACCAACAGGGGGCAGCAGGUCUGGCUUCAGAGACAGAACACCCAGCACCUUCGGCGUCCCCGAAAGCCCCUACAGACGGCCCUCAGGAUACAUUCCUGAGCGGUACUAUGACGAGGAUGACUACGGCCUGCCUGACACGCCUCCGAGAACCCCAUUCCGGACCCUCCCAGACCCUCGUUCUGAGCUUGCCUUUGGGGCGCGGCCCCCUCCCCCCAUCCCCGAGGGCCUCCCUCUGAGUCUGGCCCCCCUCCCGGACAGUGACCCCUACAGUGAGGAGGAGGAGGAGGAGGAGGGGCCAGAACCUUGGCGUGUGGGACCCCCUUUCCCUCCGUUCCUUGACAGACGGGGGCCAGGUGGUGGAGAUGGUGGAGGUGGAGGCCCACGGAGAGUCUAUGAGAGACGAUAUGAGCCGUAUGCAGGCCUGAGCACAGAGGACUGUGGGAUACUGCACGGCUGUGAGAACGGCAGGUGUAUCCGUGUGGCGGAGGGAUACACGUGUGACUGCUACGAGGGCUACGAGCUGGACAUGACCUCCAUGGCCUGCAUAGACAUCAAUGAAUGUGAGGAUCCUGACAACGUGUGUGUGAAUGGCCGAUGCAUCAACACAGACGGCUCCUAUCGCUGUGUGUGUCACCGAGGCUACGUCAUGUCCCGUCGGCCCAACCACUGUGUGGCAGCAUAGCACUGCUACUACUUUGAACAUUGUUUUCCCCACUCAACAGUCCUAUCUGCUACUGGGGAAGUGUUGUGUAUCACCAGCGCCCCCCUCUGGCCUCUACAGGCUCUGUCAGGGGCUCACUAAAGACCCUGUCCAUUUUCUGACCUGAGAUAAAAGCUGAGAGGGUUGUUCUCUGAAGAAAACAUCAACGUACUGAUGUAUCAUGUCUGAGAGAGAUUUGAGUCCAUAGAACUCUGAUAUUAAUACGGUUUGAGUCCUAUACAGCACACACAACUCAUUAUACAUAUACACAUGAGCUCAACUACACUCAUACACUUGAGACUGCUAUUUUAAAGCAGGUAAAUAAAUAUGUCCUUUAGCCAACCUUUCCUUUGAUGAUGUUGAAUUGCAUAGUUGUGAAAAAGAGGUUAACGUACAUUGUGCAGAAUCCUAACUAUACGAACACGUAUCUAAAGGUAGGAUCCGGCCCAUUGAGCUCAAUCAUGAUCAACACACCAUGUUCUGUGCCUAGACCUGAGGCAGACCGGAACCAUUGAAUGGGGCCAGUGUAGUCUCUAAGACAAAGAUGACAAGCUACUGCUACAGACGAGUAGAGCCUUUGUCUAAGACAGAAUCUCUGUCUGUGGAUGUUUUGUUAACGAACGCUCUCUUUAGCUGGACUGUACAAAAUACACAGCAACGUCAUGACAUCGCGGAACCAAAUUUGUAUUCCUCUAAAAUGUCAGUGACUUGUAUUCUCUCCAUUUGUUGAUUUUACAACCUCACUGAUAUUUGUUUAUGAUUGCUUCUUGUAUUAAUUUAUGCUGUUCAAAGUUAAGGUACUCUUUAUGUAAUAAUAACUUUUAUUAUUUUAUAGAAAUGUAUAUGCGGAAGAGAAAGCUACACAUCACUGACGUGUCUGUACAUUUCUUUCUUUAGAGUUUUGUAGCCAAUUUAGAUUUUUUUUUUUACAUGAGAAUGAAUGUACCUUAAAACUGAUAUAAGAUAGUUGACUAUGUAUUCACAAUUUGAAAUGUUGUUUGUGUGAUCAAUACACAAUCAGUGAUAAAAUACCAUGUACAUAUUUACAAUUGAGAAAUUACUUUUCUUUACCAAAUGGUAUCUGUUUCAGUGAGUAGAACCUUCUCUGUAAAUGUUCCUACUUCCUGAUGUAGUUUACAAGCUGAAACAAACCCGAAAGCAUUUCCUCCUUUCAGCACCUAAAGAUGUAUAACACUAUGCACUGUAUUUGUGGACGACGUAGCCGUUGUGUACUUUUUAAACAAAACUUUGUACAUUUUUUUAUUUUUUUCUGGUAUUUGUUAAUUGUUUUGUUAGUGAUUUUCAUAUCAUUAUUGCUAUAAAAACUAUUUGAAAAUAUAUUUGCACACUUUCCAUUCCAA